GUUUAUUUUGAAGUUCGUACGGGUUACGAAAGUUUUCAAGAAUAAUUUUUAGAGUUUAACUACAUUAUUAAUAGUUACUUUUCCUUUCAUCGAUACCUUUAUAUUAAAAUAUUUUUUUCACAGUUUUGUGUAUUAUGUCAGAAUAUUGGAAAUCAUUGCCUCGCAAAUAUUGUGAUAUUUGCAAAUGUUGGUUUGCAGAUAACAAAGCCAGCAUUGAAUUUCAUGAAAGAGGUAAGCGCCAUCAAGAAAAUGCAGCAAAAAGAAUACAGGAUAUACAAAAGAGGGGCAUCAAAGAUUUUAAAAAACAAAAAAAGCUGGAAGAAGAUAUGGAAAAAAUUGAAAAGGCUGCCUUAGCUGCAUAUCAGAAAGAUUUGCAAAAUAAUGUUGAGGCAAUUCCCAAUCCAACUUUAGCUCAUAGCAUCGCAAAUUCAACUUACAGUGUUCCUGCAGUUUCUAAGAUUGAUAAAGCUCUCAGUGAACUCAAAAGAUCCAAAGAAAAUAAAACUAAGACAAAAAAGGCAAAAUUAUCAGUAAUUCCUAAACCUGUAAAAGUGAAAAAGGAGGUACCAGAAGAAGGCUCAAAUGGUAUUGAAGUACCACAAGAAUCUGUACCUGAAACAAGAAAAUGGUAUGAAGUAGUAACUGAGGAAGGUUAUAAGUACUAUUGGCAUGUUGAUACUUCUGAAUCUUGUUGGGAGCCACCUGAAGAAGGAUUUGUCUCUUUAGAAGAACAAGAAGCAUUAAAUUCUCAAACAACGACAGAAAAUUAUGUACCUGAAAUUAAAGAAGAAUUGAAAGAAGAAGAAGAAGAAGUCGUAGAAGAAAAUAAUGCAGAAGAUGAAAAAGAACCUGUGUAUUCCUUUGGUCCACAACCGAAAGUAGAUCCAUAUGGCCAAUGGACAACUGUUGUGAAAGAAGAACCCGUGGAAAUUGACUUACAAUUGCCUAAGCCAAAUGAAGAUCUUGUUGAAGUUGUUAUACCUGUUGCAAAAGAUGAACCAAAACUAAAGUUCAAAGAGAAAGUCGUUGGCCAGAUAGAAAACAGUGACCCUUCUGAAGGAGUGACUUUUAAAAAACGAAAAUUUGCUGGAUCUUCUGCAAAAAGAAAUGCCAGACAGAGGAAUUUAGAUGAUGACUGACAUUUAUGAAGUAUAUCUAUCUGUAAAUAACUUGUAAAUAAAAUUUUAUUUUAAAAAUUGA